AUGUCACUCGAGAGCAAGCUACAAGUAGCCAGCGCAGAGUACCAGACGGUGCAAGAUCAGCUGCAAAACGUCGUGCUGUCUCGACAAAAGCUCGGUGCACAACUCUCAGAGAACCAAGCAGUCAAAAAGGAAUUCGACGCCCUGACGCCUAACAAUACGGUCUACAAACUCAUUGGGCCCGGCUUGAUCAGACAAGACCAAGCUGAAGCCAAAGCCAAUGUCGACAAGCGCCUCGAGUUCAUCACUAGCGAGAUCAAAAGAGUCGAGAAACAGCUGGAAGAGUUACAACAGAAAGGCGAACGGGUGAAGAGCCAGCUCGUCGAGCUACAGACGCAGUUACAAGCAGCAAAGACGGACGCGCCUCAGAUUGCAGCUUAG